CGAGGACUGUCCUAUUCUGCAUCCCUACCCUAUCCACCGAUGAGUCGCUCAAUUAGCCAACUUUCUUCAACCCGCGCCGUGAGAUGCUCGAGACUGCACCACUCCUCGAACCAGAUAUUGCCUGGACCGAACAAAGAGAGAAUGGCACCAAUGGCAGUGACAUCGCCCUCGAACGAGCUACGAGAUGGAAGACCGAGACACGAAUAAUGAUCGCCGACACAGUGCCCUUGGUUCUGACGUACUUGUUACAAUAUUUCUACAGCUUGAUUAUCGUGCUGGUCGUUGGCCGCAUAGGAGAGGACGAGCUCGCCGCCGUUUCGCUGGGGGUCACGACCAUGAACAUUGUCGGCUUCGCCAUCUUCGAGGGCAUGGCCACCAGUCUGGAUACGUUGUGCGCACAGGCGUUUGGGGCUGGCAAUCCAAAAGCCGUCGGCCUGCACGUUCAGAGGAUGGUGCUUUUGCUGCUGCUUGUAGCUUGUCCAAUUGGCAUACUGUGGCUCUGUUCGCCGUGGAUUCUGGCAAGAAUGAUCCCUCAGCCUCAACUGGCAGUUGUGGCCGGGACAUUCCUCAGGACGUCCCUUGUCGGCGUACCUGGAUACGUGGUGUUUGAAGCCGGUAAGCGGUUCCUGCAAUGCCAGGGGAACUUUACUGCAUCGUUGGCUGUCCUCCUGAUUUGCACGCCUGUUAACCUUGUCCUCAACUGGACGCUGGUGUUCAAGCUUGAUCUGGGAGUCAUGGGAUCAGCGCUUGCCGCCGCCCUGAGCAAUAACUUCCGAGCCGUGCUGCUCAUCCUGUAUAUCGCUCUCUGCCUCCCGGAAACACAUCAGUGCUGGCCCGGGUUGCUUCCUAAGACCACCUUUCAAAACUGGAUGCCUAUGAUCAAGCUCUCUGUCCCUGGCGCAGUCAUGACACUGGGCGAAUGGUUUGCGUUUGAACUGCUCAACUUCAGUGCUGCAUACAUCAAGACUGGUGGCAGUGACUCUACGAGCUCGGGGCCCUUGGCGGCCCAGGCAAUCCUCUCAACUAGCUCAGUGCUGGUGUGGCACAUCCCUUUCUCCGCGAGCGUGGUGGCAAGCACCAGGAUUGGUCAUUUAAUAGGGAGAGGUUCCGUCCACACCGCAAAAGCCAUGUCGAAAUUCUACGCCGCGUUCUUCUCCGGAACCGCCCUAUUCGACAUGAUGCUAGCCUUCGCCGUCUGCAGUCUCAUCGCGCGUUUCAGCACUGCAACCUCAUCCGGCGAGGUUCAAUAUCUUAUCAUGGGGACGCUACCCUUUGUCGCAAUCUUCCAAAUCUUCGACGCCGCGGUCUGCUGCGUCCACGGUAUCAUGCGUGGAUUAGGUCGUCAAGCCGUCGGCGGCUGGGCUACGUUUGUAGUCAACUACUGCAUCGGAGUUCCUUUGGCGUGGGUGCUCUCCCUUGGUCCCCCAAUGCUUGGACUGGUCGGUCUCUGGUCUGGGUUGUCCGUUGGACUAGCUGUCCUGGCGUUGGUGCAAACACUUGUCCUAGGGAUUAUAGACUGGGAAAAGUGUGUAGAGGAUGCGAGGGAGCGGGAAGAGAUAUGUGAUUAG